UGCAGCCCUCAGCUCCGAGAGCCCUCCGAGGGGAACUCAGCCAUUCUGCACCUUAACUGUUCGGUUCCCUGGAGCACCUCACAUCAUGUCCCAAACACACACCUCAGGACAGGACCCCACCACGAUGGGGAUUGGACGGGCCAUCGCUGUGCUGACCUCAGGAGGUGAUGCCCAAGGAAUGAAUGCCGCAGUGAGGGCCACUGUCAGAGUAGGCUUAUACACUGGAGCCAAGGUCUUCUUCAUCCAUGAGGGCUACCAGGGCCUGGUAGAUGGGGGGGACUGUAUUCGCCCGGCUACCUGGGAGAGUGUUUCUAUGAUGCUACAGCUGGGGGGCACUGUGAUUGGUAGUGCCCGCUGUAAGGAUUUCCAGACCAGAGAGGGACGAAUGAAAGCUGCCUACAACCUGGUCAAGCGGGGCAUCACCAACCUCUGUGUGAUUGGCGGAGAUGGCAGUUUGACCGGUGCCAAUCAGUUCCGAACUGAGUGGAGUGACUUGCUGGUGAACCUGGUCAGCAAAGGCAAGAUCUCUGCAGAUGAGGCAAAGAAUGCAUCUCACCUGAACAUCGUGGGCAUGGUGGGGUCCAUUGACAACGACUUCUGUGGGACGGACAUGACCAUCGGCACAGACUCCGCUCUCCACCGCAUAAUGGAGGUGGUGGACAGCAUCACCACCACAGCCCAGAGCCACCAGCGAGCCUUCAUUCUGGAGGUCAUGGGAAGGCACUGUGGUUACCUGGCUUUGGUUACUGCUUUGGCUUGUGGUGCUGACUGGGUGUUUAUUCCUGAGAUGCCUCCAGAAGACGGCUGGGAGGAGCACCUGUGCAGGAGACUGAUGGAGACCAGAAACAGAGGAUCUCGUCUCAAUGUGAUCAUUGUGGCUGAGGGCGCCAUGGCACGGGAUGGCAAGCCCAUCACCUGCGAUCAUAUCAGAGAGUUAGUGACUAAGAGGCUGGGCUAUGACACUCGCUCCACUAUUCUGGGCCACGUGCAGCGUGGUGGGACUCCUUCAGCCUUCGACAGGAUACUGGGCAGCAGGAUGGGAGUGGAGGCAGUGAUGGCUCUGAUGGAAGCUACACCUGACACACCCGCGUGUGUGGUCAGCCUGUCUGGGAACCAGGCUGUCAGGCUGCCCCUGAUGGAGUGUGUGCAAGUGACCAAGGAUGUUACUAUUGCUAUGAAAGAAGGCAGAUUUGAGGAUGCUGUGAAACUCAGAGGAAAGAGCUUCGAGAACAACUGGAACACAUAUAAGCUUCUGGCUCACGUGCAUCUCUCAGACGUUAAAAGUAAUAUCAACGUGGCCGUUCUAAACGUAGGGGCUCCCUGUGCAGGCAUGAACGCGGCCGUGCGUGCUGCGGUCAGGAUCGGCAUUACCCAGGGCCACAACAUGCUAGCAGUGCAUGACGGCUUUGAGGGUUUGGCCCAAGGAAAGAUAGAGCAGUUCACUUGGACCAGUGUUGGAGGCUGGACAGGAAAGGGGGGGUCCAAUUUAGGCACAAAAAGAGUCCUUCCAGCAAAAUACAUGGAGGAGAUCAGUCUGAAUAUUGCCAAGUACAACAUUCAUGGUCUCAUCGUUAUAGGAGGUUUUGAGGCAUUCUCCGGUGGUCUGGAUCUCGUCCACGCCAGAGAGAAGUAUGAGGAGUUGUGUAUCCCCAUAGUAGUCAUACCUGCUACUGUGUCUAAUAAUGUUCCAGGAUCAGACUUCAGCAUCGGAGCUGACACCGCUUUGAACACCAUCACCAUGACAUGUGACAGGAUCAAGCAGUCGGCUGCUGGCACUAAACGACGGGUGUUCAUCAUUGAGACGAUGGGAGGCUACUGUGGCUACCUAGCAACCAUGUCUGGCCUAGCCGCCGGUGCAGACGCAGCCUACAUCUUUGAGGAGAAAUUUGGCAUUCGGGAUUUGGAGACAAAUGUAGAACAUAUUGUACAGAAAAUGAAGACCACAGUUAAGAGAGGCCUGAUUCUCAGAAAUGAGAACUCUAAUGCCAACUACACGACCGAUUUCAUCUUCAACUUGUACUCAGAAGAGGGAAAGGGAGUGUUUGACUGCCGUAAGAAUGUGCUUGGACACAUGCAGCAGGGUGGUACGCCAACUCCAUUUGACAGGAACUUUGCAACUAAGAUGGGGGCUAAAUCUGUUCUCUGGCUAACUGAGAAGUUGAAAGAAUGUUACAGACAUGGACGUAUUUUUGCCAACACUCCGGACUCGGCAUGUGUACUGGGUAUGAGGAAGAGAGGACUGGUGUUCCAGCCCCUGGAUGAGCUGAAGGAAGAAACUGAUUUUGAUCACCGUAUUCCAAAAACACAGUGGUGGCUGAAGUUGAGGCCUAUUCUGAAAAUUUUGGCCAAAUACAAGAUCAACUUGGACACCUCGGAGGCUGUUCUUAUGGAGCACAUUAUCAGCAAGAGAGCACCUGUCACUUUAGUGAAAUGAAAUGAUGAAAGAGUGAUGAAAGAGAAGGACUUGUGUGGAAAUAAAGCCAUGUGUUCUCUCACCACUGCUGUUCCAGUUUCCUGUUCUAUUAUUCUUUUCAUCGUGUUUGUUGUAAUAUCUCCUUUUCUUUACUGACUAUCCCUAUUUUGUCCAUGUACUCACAGUACCUGUAUUACCAGCAGUUUGCAAAACAUCAAUUAAAGUCGUCUUAUUUCCGUAA